AUGCGUGACGCAGUGGACCCGAAGGGGCCGCUGUCUUAUCGCAGCUCCCUGGAGACGAUUUCCCUGGUCAUAAUGCCGUACCUUUGUUUCGCCAUCACGGCCUUGACCACCCUAUUAGAUUCCUACACCCCUCCAGUGUUCAUCGAGUUCUAUUUUAUUGCAUUGUCGAUAUCCCCGCUCUGGAGGUAUUCCAGAGAAAUGGCGGUCAGCAUCGUCUGUCUGGUGGCUCUAGUCGUUGCCGCAAUCUUCGGCUCGUGGACUUCCAUACUGCUGGCCAGGAACUGCACCACAGUCCGAGAACAUGGUGUUGAUUUCACGUUUAUGUUGCGAGUGUUCGCGUUUGGGUUAUACGUCGUCUUGGGCCUAUGUCUGAACGGCCUCGCCAUUUCCGACUGGACCAGCCCGCUACCGGACCUCUUCCUUUCCACUUUCAGCAUAAUUGUCUGCCUUAUAUUUGGCAGCCAGCGGGACAUACUCAUCACCUGGCAAGACGGGGUUGCUCAAUGCGUGACUUCUCUAUUCUCUUGCUGCCUCUCCUUUGCCUGGAAGCUCUCCUCCCUCAAUCGCAGCGGCCAUGGCCAUGUGACACCGCGCAUCGACAUCAUGGUCGAUGUGCAGACUGCCACCCAGACGAGCCACGGCUCUUCGAGCUUUGCCACGCUCACACCGUACCCAUUCCAUUUACAGUCCCAGCGGUGCGAGAAGGGUUCUAACGUUUCUUUGGCUCGUUCGGUUGGGCGGGCCAUGGACGGGAAUGGCUCCGGCUCUUUGUGCAACGCAACACCUCCGAUUCCAGGGUCUACCUCGCCUAACUCGGCGCGCGACCUCUCGUCCUAA